AUGAAGACAUCAAAUUUAAGAGUUUGCUCCUAUAACAUCAGAUAUGACAAUAUCGAUGAUAAACAAAAUCAAUGGGUAUACAGAAAAAUGUUGGUUUUUUCAAAUAUUGCAUUUUUAAAACCCCAUAUCAUUGGAUUCCAAGAAUGUUUAUUUAAUCAAAUAAAUGAUUUAAAAGAAGGUCUAUUAGAAAAAUUCGGAAUGAAUUAUGAUUAUAUCGGAUUAGGUAGAGAUGAUGGUGAAAAGAAUGGUGAAUUUUCACCAAUAUUUUAUAAUACUGAUAAGGUGGAAUUAGUACAUUCACAUCAAUUUUGGAUCAGUGAAACACCAUAUAAGCCAGGUACCAAAAGUUGGAAAACUGCAUGCCCAAGAAUUGUAACAUGGGGAUUAUUUAAAUUCAAAAAAUCAAAUAAAUUAUUUUACUUUUUAAAUACCCAUUUAGAUCAUUUAUCUGAAAGUGCAAGAUACGAAGGUACUUUGAUGAUUAAAAGUUUUAUUGCAACUUUAAAGCCCCAAAUUCCGUUAGUUUUAGUAGGCGAUUUCAAUUCUAAUGAAUAUCAAAAGCCAAUCAUUAAUAUAGUCAGUUCAAGUAUUGAUAUCAUUAAAUCCAAAAAGUAUUUAGAAUUAUUAGAAAUUCCUUUAAGAGAUGAUAUAUUAUUCCAAACUUUAUUUAAUGCCAGAAAUGUAGCAAAUUGUAAAAUUGGACCAGAUCAUACAUUCACAGGAUUUAAUGGACAGUUUACAGAAAAUAUAGAUUAUAUUUUUAUUAAUCAACAGUUUAAAACAACAUCAUUUAUUGUAUUUAAUAAUCACCCCUCAAAAAUUACAAAAAGUUCUACAAUUGCAUCUGAUCAUUUCCCAAUCAUUGCAGAUCUUCAAUUUUUAUAA